AUGUACUUCUUCCUUUCCAGCCUGUCCUUUAAUGACAUCUGUUUAAUCACAUGCAGUAUUCCAAAAAUGCUGGUGAACAUCGGAGCACAGGAUCAGAGCAUCUCCUAUAGAGGCUGCCUCUUCCAGGUCUGCCUUUUCUUAGCUUUUGGUAGUUUAGAAAGUUGUCUCCUUGCAGCGAUGGCAUAUGAACGCUCUGUGGCCAUUUGUCACCCUUCAAGGUACACAGUCAUCAUGAAUCCUCAGUUAUGUGCCCUGCUGUUUUUUCUCUCCCUGUUUAUUACCACUGUGCAUGCUCUGCUACACACUCUGAUGGCCCUACGCCUGUCCUUUUGUACAGACCUACACGUUGCACACUUCUUCUGUGAACUUGCACAGGUCAUCAAAAUUGCUUAUUCUGAUACCCUUAUCAAUAAGAUCCUACUAUAUUUUGUGGGUGGCCUCGUUGGUGGUGUUCCGCUCUCUGGAAUCAUUAUCUCUUAUAUUCAUAUUGUGUUCUCUGUCUUGAGAAUGUCAUCAAGAGCAAAGUAUAAAGCCUUUUCCACUCUUGGGUCUCAUCUCUGUGUUAUUUCAUUGUUCUAUGGGACAGGUUUUGGGGUCUACAUCAGCUUUGUGGUUACAGAUUCACCAAGGAAGGUUGCAGUGGCUUUGGUAAUGUAUUCUGUGGCCACUCAGAUGCUGAAUCCUUUUAUCUACACUCUCAGGAACAGGCAUAUGAAAGAAGCCUUGAAGAGACUCAAUAUUUGUUAUCUUCUUUUCUGUCAUGUGUCAUUGCUUUGA